AGAUAGUACAGCCACAUCUCGCCAAACCUCGGUGACUGCGGAAGUGGCAGACAACCCCUCUAUGUCAGCCACACCCACAAAUUUUGAGCAACUCCGAGUUGCGCAAAAUCCCACUCAACACCCUGGUCGAAACGACUUUUCUUUUUCGACCAAGCCAAAACCAGUCCUUUUCCACCACCACCAACAACUGCGCAAUAAACCUCACCAUUAGAUACCAUCUAUUGGAAGACAGCCAAGAUGUCCAAGAUCUCUGUCGCCGGUGUGCGCACUAACGUGCAGGAGCUCCUCGACUACUCCCUCGAGACCAAGAAGCGUAACUUCCUCGAGACUGUCGAGCUCCAGAUCGGUCUCAAGAACUAUGACCCUCAGCGUGACAAGCGUUUUUCCGGCACCGUCCGUCUGCCUUCGAUCCCCCGCCCCGGCAUGGCCAUCUGCAUUUUGGGUGACCAGCACGAUAUUGAUCGUGCGAAGCACGGUGGUGUUGACGCCAUGUCCGCCGAUGACUUGAAGAAGCUUAACAAGAACAAGAAGCUCAUCAAGAAGCUCGCUCGCAAGUACGAUGCUUUCGUCGCUUCCGAGACCUUGAUCAAGCAGAUCCCCCGUCUCUUGGGUCCUGGUCUGUCCAAGGCCGGCAAGUUCCCCACCCCCGUCUCCCACGCCGACGAUUUGACUGGCAAGAUCAACGAGGUCAAGUCCACCAUCAAGUUCCAGCUGAAGAAGGUUCUCUGCAUGGGUGUCGCCGUCGGUAACGUUGGCAUGACUCAGGACCAGCUGCUCGCCAACAUCAUGUUGGCCAUCAACUACCUCGUCUCACUGCUGAAGAAGGGCUGGCAGAACGUUGGUAGCCUGACCAUCAAGGCUACCAUGUCUCCCCCGAAGCGCCUCUACUAGACGGAUCAAAUUGCCACCGGAGGAUGUUUGCUGCCACACUGGUGCUAACAAUCAUGGGAUGGGCAUUGCGAGUCACAGAAGAUAGAUACUGGUAGCGAAUGACAAGUCAAACCUCCAAGACAAAAAAAGCUCUGCAUUUUCAAGACGAGGUUGUAAUCUU